UCACUUCAAUCAGUUCAGUUCACAACAGAUUUCCAGUUCAUAACAGAUUUCUGUUACAUUCAAUUCGUUGAAUAACGAUGACGGUUGGAGCAGGUAUAUCUGUAACUGAUCGGAAGCUCAGUGUGUUCGGAAAUCCUGUGUUGAAGGACGUACAUGACAAUGUUUUCGUCACUUCUUCAACCGGUGACGGUAUGAUCAAUGGCGCGUUCAUCGGCGUUCGAUCGGAACAAACCGGUAGUCGUAUGGUGUUUCCGGUUGGAAAACUCGAGGGAUUGAGGUUUAUGUGUGUGUUCCGUUUCAAACUAUGGUGGAUGACACAAAGAAUGGGGAAUUGCGGUCAGGACAUACCUACCGAAACUCAGUUUCUUAUAGUCGAAACGAGUGAAGGUUCACAUUUCGGAGAAAAUAAUGAAAUCGAUGACGGAUCACACCAAUCUGCUCUAUAUACAGUCUUCUUGCCAAUUCUUGAGGGUGAUUUUAGAGCGGUUAUACAAGGAAAUUCUAAUAACGAAUUGGAGAUUUGCUUGGAAAGUGGAGAUCCUGCUGUAAAAGAGUUUGAAGGUAGUCAUCUGGUUUUUGUGGCUGCUGGACCCGACCCGUUCGAUGUUAUCACCAACGCAGUCAAGAGUGUGGAGAGACAUUUACAAACAUUCUCUCAUCGCGAAAGAAAGAAGAUGCCGAAUAUGUUGGAUUGGUUUGGCUGGUGCACAUGGGAUGCUUUUUACACUGAUGUUACUUCUGAAGGUGUAAAACAAGGCCUUGAAAGUUUUCAGAAAGGAGGUAUCUCACCAAAAUUUAUUAUCAUUGAUGAUGGAUGGCAAUCAGUUGGUAUGGACCCCACUAGUGUUGAAGCUAAAGCGGAUAAUACGGCUAAUUAUGCAAAUAGGCUAACUCAUAUUAAAGAAAAUCACAAAUUCCAGAAAGACGGUAAAGAAGGUCACAGAGUCGAGGACCCGUCUAUGGGACUUCGUUAUGUUGUUACAGACAUUAAAGAUCAUCACAACGUCAAGUAUGUUUAUGUUUGGCAUGCGUUAACCGGAUACUGGGGCGGAGUGAGACCUGGAACGGGGCAAUACGAUUCAAAACUAUCAUUUCCGAUUCCCUCUCCAGGAAUCGAAUCCAUCGAAAACUGUGAUGCUUUUAUAGCCAUUGCCAAGAACGGGCUCGGUCUUGUUGACCCUGAAAAAGUCUUCAACUUUUACAAUGAAUUGCAUUCUUACCUCGCGUCUGCUGGUGUUGAUGGUGUGAAGGUAGAUGUGCAAAACAUUCUAGAAACACUUGGAGCGGGCCAUGGUGGUCGGGUCAAACUUACGAGGAAGUACCAUCAGGCGUUGGAAGCUUCAGUUGCUAAAAACUUCCCUGAUAAUGGCAUCAUUUCGUGCAUGAGUCACAACACAGAUGGUUUGUACAGUGCCAAGAGGACAGCUGUUAUGCGUGCAUCCGAUGAUUUUUGGCCACAUAUUACAGCUUCACACACGGUCCAUAUUGCUUCUGUUGCUUAUAAUACAGUCUUCCUUGGAGAAUUCAUGCAGCCGGAUUGGGAUAUGUUUCAUAGCUUGCAUCCCAUGGCUGAUUAUCACGGUGCUGCUCGUGCUGUUGGCGGCUGUGCUAUUUAUGUUAGUGACAAGCCUGGGCAUCAUGACUUUAAUUUAUUAAAAAAGCUUGUGCUUCCUGAUGGAUCGAUACUGCGGGCCAAACUUCCAGGGAGACCAACAAGAGAUUGCUUGUUUACUGAUCCCACCAGAGACGGAAAAAGCCUUUUGAAGAUCUGGAACGUUAACAAUUACACUGGAGUGGUGGGAGUUUUCAACUGCCAGGGAGCAGGGUGGUGCAAAGACGGUAAAAAGAUCCUCACGCACGAUGAACAACCAAGCACCAUCACUGGCGUCAUCAGGGCUAAAGAUGUAAAUUACUUGCCUAAAGUUGCCGAUUCUACAUGGGAUGGUGAUGCAGUUGCAUACAGUCACGUCGGCGGUGGACUGGUUUACCUACCAAAGAAUGCAUCCAUCCCAGUAACAUUGAAACCGAGAGAAUACGAGGUUUUUACAGUAGUUCCUAUUUCGAAACUGUCAUGUGGUGUCGGUUUUGCUCCCAUAGGUUUGACGGAAAUGUUCAACUCUGGAGGGGCGAUUUCGGAAUUCCGGUAUGAGACAGAGAAAGAAGGAAAUGUGGAGUUGAAAGUUAGAGGGUGUGGUGUGUUUGGCGCGUAUUCAACUAGAAAACCGACUAGAGUAAUUAUUGAUUCGAAAGAAACCGAAUUUGGGUAUGAAGAAAGAAGUGGACUUGUUAGUAUUAAACUGAGUGUUCCUGAAAAGGAAAUGUAUUUAUGGGAUAUCAUCAUUCAAGUGUGAAGAGGCGUUUAGUGUCGGUUUGCAACUCAGAAUGGGUUCAAGAGCUUGCAGGGCUAUAAGUACCAAAAGUGGGAUAUUUAUGAGGGUUGUUCUACCCUGUUAUUUGAUAUUCAUCUGACUCAAGUCAACCGUCAUUUAGACAAGACUUGAUCGUUAAAAUAAUUCAACGUAGUAUGUCGCAGCGUGUUAUGGUGUUGUAUAGUGAGAUGCAUAACAAAUGUCAUCAUGAUUAAUAGAUGUGGUUUUUAUAAGAACUAUUUAUCUUGUACUUUAACAAGAACAAUGUAUUUUAGCUUUGAUAUUAUAUGAAUGCAUUUGGGUCUUGUUCUGAUA